GUAAGCGCCCGUCGUGUACCUCUAUCACCCGUACUUUGCCUGGAAUGAGCGUCAGCCCUACUAGGCCUAGCUCUAAGCGCAUCAAACUCGAGUCGUCUCCCUCUCCGCGAUUGGAAAACGACCAUUCGACUUUGAAUGAUGAUGACCUCGGCCAUGAUCACUGCGUCAUUUGUUUGCAACCCAUGGUUGACCGAACUGUUAUCCCGACUUGCUCCCAUGAGUUCUGCUUCGAAUGCAUUUCGAUUUGGGCUGAGCAAUCGCGAAAGUGUCCAUUGUGCUCCCAAUUGAUUGGUGAAUAUGUUAUACAUCAUAUACGCUCGCAGUUCGACUAUCAAAAGCAUUAUUUGCCCCCACCACGCUCGUCACCACAGUUGUUGCCGACAGGCGAAACUCGUGUACAAAUUGCGCGACGGGCACGUAGGGAUCGCUACUGGGGCCGCAGGGAUCGUUAUGACGCUGAUGAACUCGAACGAGCAAUCACCAAAAGACGUUGGGUGUACCAGAAUCAUCUUUAUGCCAAACAUGUCGCGUCCAACUCAUUCACCCGGUACCGUCCUUACCCCAGUCCAGCCCAGUUUGCAGCAUCUCCAGACAUGAUAAGUCGAGCCACCAUCUUUCUCCGCCGUGAACUGCGCGUUUGGCAAAACCUUGAUGUCGAGUUCCUCACGACGUUCAUCAUUUCUCUCAUGAAGUCGAUAGACAUGCGAGCUGAAUCCUCUGUAAAACUUCUUGCCGAGUUCCUAGACCUUGAUACUCCUUACAUCGAGGGCGAAAGGCAGCCGAACGCCGAACAUUUUGCACAUGAAAUAUACUGUUAUAUACGCAGUGGCCGUGACCUAUCGAUUUAUGACAGUCUGGUGCAGUAUGAUACCUCCCCAGAUCCUCCGUCCCAUGAGCAGGAAACAGAGAAUCGGUGGCGUUACCAGUCCCGUUCUCGAUCCCGGUCGCCUCAUCACCGUCAUCACCGGUCCCGAUCUCGAUCUCCGUUAUCUCAACCACCUUCCUCGACCCUGCGUCCUGAGCACAGAAGAUCCCCUUCUCCAGUCUACCGUCAAGCAAGUUCUUUAGACUAUUUCUCUCCAAAUCACAGGAAUCGCCGACGAACUCGCAGCGCAGUCAGCGAGUGUCGAGAUAUACCUGACACCUCGAAUGACCAACAAAGUCACCUUGACGACACCCAGGAGCAACCAACGAACAAAAACAAAUCUGCAAAGGCGAAAGGAAAAGAACCAGAAGUUUAUGACACACGUUAUGACACACCUCUCCAGGGCGAGAGUGAACAUCGCUCGAGUAGCACGCCACCACGCAUAUUAGGUGAAUUCGUCCCGAAUGCUGUUGUCGAACCCAAAAAGACAGCGGAAUCACAUACUCCCGGAAAUAGGAAGUUCAAUACACCUUCUGUAGAGUCCGGUCUUAAACCCUCCCUUGACGCCUCCACGCCAGCUCAUGUCCCAGUAGACGUUGAUAGGACCGACGUCUAUGCAGAGCCUGUAGCUUCCACGUCGCGUAAACGCCCAAACACGCUCGGUCGUCCCCCUCGAAACCGUACGUUGCUAGCAUCAGUCCAGGCCCACCUCUCCCAACCGACAUCAUCAAGAAACAAGCGUCCCACAGACACAACCGCCCAGAAACACGAUGUAACUCCUCAACAGUUACCUCAUCCAUCACGACACCGAGAUGCCCGUGAUAGUAGUGGUGAUGGUAUGCCAGUCCUUCUUUCCCAGUUGUCGAGCCCCGCCAACGCGCCUCCUACUUCUUUAUCGUCUCAUUCUUCUCUCGGGAAACGCUCAGAUGCAUCGAUGCCUCUCGCGGAAGAAAAUACGUCGGCGGUAGGAAAUCAACGCGAAAGAGAAAGAGUCCGGAGCUUGCCUGCCGAUCCUAUCGCUAAAGGCACCGAUGAAGAGAACAAGUUUGCUGGAGGGAAAACUGUUGUUCGUUCGUGCGGCACGCCGGACGGAGGCACAGAUAAAUACAGAAACAAAAGUAAAGAAGAAGAAGAAGAAGAGGGGGGAAAAGAACGGCAUACCAACACAUCGCCGUGCCCCAUCAUCGUCGGCCCUGGAGCGCAGCCCGCCCUUUCAUCAGGACGACCCCCAAACCCAAACUCGAACCCUAUUUCACUGCCACACAACUCUAAUCAUGUUGUGGAUGCGGCGGAACAUACCCGACGUGAUAAGCAAGAAGUCGCGACAUAUGAAUAUAGGAACAGAAUAACCGCACCAUCAGCACGCACUUCCACGGAUAUGCGGGCAGUGCUUUUGCAGAGACUUGAAGAGGGGCAACGGUUAGCUCAGAGAGGUAUUACGACAUCGGCAUCUACGUCACACUCUGCGUUGCCGGCUGUAGAUGUACAUUCCCCAUUGAUAGGUCCUCCUGGUGGUGAAGAGGCAUCUGCGCUGGAGACAAGGCUGCGAACCCGGGCCCUAUUACGCGUCCGUCUUGCGGCGAUCAAAAGCAGUGCCAAUACAACUCUGAUUGAAUCAUAAUUGAAUCAAAUUUGAUUCAGCCUGGAAUUGGAUCGGGAGGG